UGUGCUCAACGCGGCCAAUUAACUCCAACCAGAGUUUAUAACCUCAAAAAAAAAGAUCACACUGUGAUGGGUUUGAAUUGUGAAAUGUCGAGGGCGAGAGAUUUAUAAAAUCUAAUCUAUUUCAACGUUCGUUUUGUUUAUUUCAUUAAAGAGCAAAAUGUCGGAUGACAUAAAGAUCUUGUUGAAGGAGGCCCGCGAGUCCUUCAAGCAAAAUGAAUAUCUGGAAGUUAUGAAGAAAUGCAAGAAGGUUUUGAAGAAGGACAAGAGCAAUUAUGCGGCGUUGGUUCUGUUAGCACGUUCCAUGCAAGAGGUGGAGGAAUUUAAAUCGCAGGUGUCCUUGGUUCUUCAAAAGGCCGUGGAGGUGCAACCGAAUAAUCCGUUGGCCUGGCAAGGAUUAGCGGCACAUUAUGAGAAGGCUCCACAGGAUCACGACAACUGGAAAAAGUUGGCUCUAGCCUAUUGCAAACUGUUGCAGUUAGAUAGCGACUCUCCUAAGUUCACGCAUUUCGUGAAUAAAAUUUCUGAAAUUAUCUUGCGCAUCAAGAAUGAUGAUGUCUUGUCCGAAGCGUUGAACACAUUGAGCACGUUACGAGAGGUUUCUACCAAAGAGAAGAUCAGUCUGAUCGAUAAGACCCUGGUAUGGGUUUUAUCGGAGUACCCUAAUGAUAGAAUAAACGAGCAUCAGGAGCUUUAUGAAAAUGUGUUGGCGUCUGUAAUAAAAGACGUAGAGCUAAUGAAUAGACAAGAGUAUUACAGGAAAUAUUUAAAAAUGCUGUAUGAUUCAAAUAAAUUUACAGCGUUGUUAGCAGCCGCUCAAGACAUGCAUAUUCAAUUUUCACAGGAUGCUUGUCCUCUAGAAUGGUUGUGCCGUAUCUAUUACGAAAACGCUGCACUGUCUGAAAAUGAACUUGAGAUCGACAUAACUCAGUUUUAUGAGCAGCUUUUGAAGCUUAGUACAAAUUCCGAUGUUGCGCUCAUCGCGAAAGCAGCAUAUUUGAAAAGAAAGGAUGAGUUAAUCGAUUCACGCGAUUGCUUGAAAAAAGUAGUCUCGUUAAAUGCGCAAUCGUUUUAUGCUUGGUUGAUGUUAAGCCAAAUACAUUAUGACCUCUACUGCUGGGAAGAAACUGAGAAUGCUUCUAGAAAAGCGCUACAACUGAUAAAACCCUGUUUAAAGGAUAAAUUUCAACAGGGAAUCGAGUUGAAGUUGCUUGAAGCGAUAAGCAGAAGUAGCGACAAAGAAAAAUUGGUGGAAGCGCGUCAGAUGUGCGAAGAGCUGUUAAGCAUUGAGCCUUCCAUACAAUUGCGAGUGAUACAUGCACGCACAAAUAUAUUACUGGAUGAACCAGAUGUUACUGCUAUAAUAAAUAACUUGGAAUCUCAGGACGAAACUAAGCUCCAAGCUUUUGUUCUCAAAGGGUUGCAUCUAAAAGAGCACAAACAGUAUCAGGAAGCUAUAAACAUUCUCGAGCUAGCUUUAGAAAAUUCUGAAGCUUGGUUGCUGUUUGGUAAAAUAUAUUGGGAUACGGAAGACUACAACAGCAGUCUGGUGGCAUUUUUAAAUGGCGUACAAGCGGAUCGCAAUAAUUGGGAAUGCAUGCUUUACUUAGGACGUUAUUACCGUGAACAUAGUAACGACAUAGAACGUUCAAGGAAAUGUUAUCACACCGCGUUGCAAAUCAAUCCGAAUUCCGAGGAAGCUGGUAUUGGAUUGAGCACAGCUUAUCGUCUUCUCAAGGAUACCGCUGCCAAUAUCCGACUGUUACACAGAGUAACUAAGCAAGGUACUGGACCGAGAUGGGCUUGGCUCCAACUGGGUUUGCAUUACUUGGAUGAAGGUGACGCGGGGCAAGCUAUUACGGCAUUACAGCAUGUGAUCAGAGCCGAUCCUAAUGACAAUCACAGCUGGGAAUCUCUGGCGGAUGCGUACUUAGCACGCGGUGCUCACACAUCGGCACUGAAAUCGUAUCAACGUGCGCUACAGUUGAGCCCAGGAUCCUUGUAUCCCAUGAUACAAUUAGCAAAUAUCAAACUACUCAUUGGUCAACAUAAAGAAGCCAAAGAAGCCUUCGAGAGUAUAUUGCAGAACGAUGAACGGCACAUUCUUGCAUUGAAGGGUCUAGCACAAGCGUGUAUAGGUUUGGCAAAGGAAAAUAUAGCGAAACAAUUUCUAUGUCGUGCGAGGGAAAAUCUACAACAAGCAGCAGACAGUUUGGUAGAUGUUAUUAUGAUACGUAAUGAUCUACUUUGCAAUUACAAAUUGCUGGGAGAUGUAUGCUAUAGAAUAGUCACUCUGCCAGAAAAGUAUUGCUAUUUAAGGAUUAAGCAAAAGGCUUUCUCUUUGGCGAUGAUGAAUUGCGACAGUACUGAAAAAUAUGUGAAUAUUAAAGGAGACGAGAUACUCAUGUUGUCAAUAGGGUAUUUUAGCCGGAUAAUAUCCAUGCAAAAUUCUGCAUCGUUAUGGCAUGAUUUAACCUGCUGUUAUUUGAUGCAACUAAAUCGCGCUACUACAGUAAACAAGAACGAUGUGGCGACUAAGUGCUAUGAAGCUGCAAAACGUUCCAUUAAACUCUGCCCGCAAUCGUGGCUACAUUGGAAUAUUCUGGGUGUUAUUUGUAUGUCAGUGUAUGUAAAAAAUUAUGCUCUGGCUCAGCAUUGUUACGUUAUGGCGAUCGAAAGAGAGUCAAACAAUGCAACAGCUUGGAGCAAUUUGGGAACAUUAUACUUGUAUCUAGGAGAUAUCUAUAAAGCGAAUGAAGCAUUUUCUCGAGCGCAACGUGCGGAUCCUAGUUACGUGAAUAGCUGGGUCGGACAAGGAUUAAUCGCGGAAAAGAUCCUGAGGAAGGAAGCGAUGGAUCUGUUUCGGCAUUCGACGCAACUGGGUUAUCACAAUCAAGCGGCUUUAGGCUAUGCUCAUUGGGUGCUUACUACUCUCCUGAGUCCCGCAAUGAAGAAAGAUCCACUGUUGAUUUAUUUUAUCGAGAACAUGCACGCGAUACCUGCAGCAUCUGACGUUCUCACUUGGUAUUUAGAACGCGAGCCGUAUGAUGUUUAUGCCCUGAAUACCCAUGGCUUAUUAUUGGAACGGCUGAAAUUAUACAACACGGCGGCUAAACAAUUUGCCAUGGCUUUAAAACUGAGCGAGGAUGAAGAAAGAGAUAUGAUAUCCAUAAACUUGGCACGCAUCCUGAUUCAAACCGGAAAGUACAAAGAAGCGGUGGGAUUGUGCAAACAAGUGAAAUGCGCAAAUUUCAAUUCUCAGUGCCAUCUUGCAUUAUCCUUAUUCAAAGCCAAGCAGUACGAAGAAUCGUACGAUACAUAUGAAGCAGCUUUACAUUGGCUAGCAGACACUAGUGCAGAUAAAGCGAAUAUCUUGUGCGCGAUGGCCACGAUCGCUUACAUGUUCCAAGGGGCAGAUGCUGUCAAGACCCUGCUAUUCCAAUGUAUACAAAUAAAACCGCCUAUUGUGGCUGGUUUCUUAGCGACUGCCGCGUUAGGAAUUUUACAUGACGACGUUAAUUUGACUUCUUUGGUACUGAACGGUAAAAAGUAUAAUAAAUCUAAAUUAACUAGAGUAAUUUUAUAAGUUCCUUAUUGAAUCUUACUGU